CUUUCAUAAAACAAAUCAUGUCAAUGUCCACAACAACGUCAAAAUGUAACAACGAUAACAAAAGUGACAGCACUAACUUUAACAAAUUUAAAAAUUACUCCGCCCUCUACGAUUACUUGACAGGCACCGGUGCUCACAAUUUCACCGAUUCAGUGACAAUAGGCUUUGUGGGCGCCUACGGGCAAGCCCCAGUUGAUCUGGGAGCCCUACCAUUGGCCAUAGAAGCUGUGAAUGCUGAUAAAGAUCUUCUUCCUGGAAGAGAACUGAAGUUCGUCACCGCAGACAUUGGCUCGACUCGGUCGUCUUCGUUACCCACCCGAGCGAUACGAGCGAUGACGGAAAUGCGCGACAACGGCAUCGUCGCAUUCAUAGGACCGGAUGCUUCGUGUCUGCCGGAAGCGUUGGUUGCAGCCGCUUGGAACUUGCCGAUGAUAUCUUACAAAUGCAGUGAAACCAAAGUAUCGAAUAAAAAAAUAUACUCAACCUUUGCCCGAACUCUGACCCCAUCUAGCAAAGUAUCAAAAAGCGUAGUGGCCCUUUUAAAAGCCUUCAAAUGGGACAAAUUCGUUCUGGUAACCGGAAGUACCGCGUCUUCCGGAAGUGAGGUUAAAGAAGCCAUCGAGGAUCUUGCUACAAGAGAAGGGUUAAUGGUAAUCGAAUCAAAACAGUAUUCUGCUUUUUAUAUCCCUAGGUACAUCGAGGAGAUGUGCAAUGUUGUCGGUGACACGUAUCGUAUAACCAGGAUUUAUGUCUUCGUCGGUGAGCAUAUAGCCUUAAUUGAUUUUAUUAAGUGUCUUCAACGAAGGAAUCUCCUAUAUAGCGGAGACUACGUUGUCAUAUCCGUGGACGAUGAAAUAUACGACCCAAAUAGAACCAUUAAGAUCUUAAGUCGAGAUUAUUUGGAUCCAUUCCUAAACGAAUCAUGGGACAAAGUGAUGGGCUUUAGGUCUGUUUUGAAGCUGACUCCGUCAUAUCCAGGGAAUCCAAAAUACAAGGAGUUCGUGGAAAAAAUCAAAGCUCUCUCGAUAAGAAAACCAUUUUGUGUGCCGUACCAUGCGACAAUAUUCGGCAGUAUAUCAGUCUCUAUUGGAGCUGCAAGGGUCUUCGACGCCGUUUUCAUCUUGGCCAGAGCUUUAACAGAAGUUUUUCAAGUCAAUGGAGAUCCCAGAGAUGGGAUUGCGGUCAUUAAGAGAAUAUUAAACAGACGCUACCACUCAAUACAAGGUUUUGACGUCUUCAUGGACGCCAAUGGAGACGCUGAAGGGAAUUUUACCGUUGUGGUUCUAUUGGAUGACGAGAGAGCUAACGGAACCCAAUGGAUGAGCAUGCAGCCGGUUGGGUAUUUUCAGUACAAACACAAUAACAGUUCUACUUUGCCUGAAUUUAAGUAUUUGAAUCCAGACCGCCCGAUACAAUGGAUUGGAGGGAAGGUACCAGCAGCAGAACCAGAAUGCGGGUUUUUCGAAGAAAAAUGCGUUAACCCUGUCGAUUGGAAAAUCAUAGCGAGCAUCGUUUUAAUAUCGAUCAUCGUUAUGGUUGCCAUCUUAUUUGGAGUUAAACAUUAUAGAUACGAGCAAAAAUUGGCAUGCCUUUUGUGGAAAAUCGACAUGAAGGAUGUCACUAUUAUCCCCACGGAGACCACUGAGGUUAAAAAUAGAAAUAUGAUCAGGGUGUGCAGACAAAGCGUUUUUCAUGCCCCGACAUCAAGCAGUAUAGUAGAAAUAUCGGACCAAUCCCCUAAAAGAGCUUACACAACCAUAGGUCUUUAUAAAGGUAACAUAGUGGCCAUAAAAAACCUCAACAAAAAGUCCGUUGACUUGACGAGAUCGAUAAGGAAGGAGCUAAAACAGAUAAGAGAGAUGAGACACGAAAAUUUGAUACCAUUCAUAGGAGCGAGUGUUGACCACGGGCAUGUCGCCAUUUUGACAGCUUACAGUGCCAGGGGGAGUUUGGAGGACGUACUGAAGAAUGAAGACCUCAACUUGGAUCACAUGUUUGUUUCUUCAUUGGUGACGGAUAUCUUAAAAGGAAUGAUCUAUAUACACGACAGCGACAUCACCUCACACGGCAAUCUACGAUCAAGUAACUGCCUCAUUGAUAAUAGAUGGGUGCUACAAAUUUCGGAUUUUGGCCUACACGAGUUUAAACAUUGCAACGAUGAGUUGGACUUUGACAACAAAAACCUCAAACGCAUGCUCUAUAGAGCCCCUGAGUUGUUGAGGCAGUCCUCGCCCCCAUUACGUGGUACGCAGAAAGGAGAUGUGUACUCGUUUGGGAUAGUCUUCUAUGAAAUAAUAGGCAGAAAUGGCCCGUGGGGAAAAACAGCCAUAAAUUCAAGCAUUUUAGAAAUAAUCGGAGAGGUCAAGAAAGUGGACAAACUCAUACCUUUCAGGCCACCCCUGGAAGAUCUAGGCAUACCGGAGUACAUUUUGAGGUGCAUGAAGUCUUGCUGGGAGGAAGAUCCAGAAAUAAGACCCGACAUCAGGUUCGUGAGGGUUCUGCUCAAAGAAAUGCAAGCCGGUCUUAAGCCCAACAUUUUCGACAAUAUGCUAGCUAUAAUGGAGAAGUACGCCUACAAUCUGGAGGGUCUAGUGCAGGAACGAACCAAUCAACUGACAGAGGAGAAAAAGAAGACCGAUGCACUUUUACAUAGAAUGCUACCCAAAUAUGUUGCUGAGUCACUGAAAAAGGGAGACAAAGUUGAGGCGGAAAUAUUCGACUGUGUGACGAUUUACUUCAGCGAUAUAGUCGGUUUUACAGAGUUAUCAGCCGUCAGCACACCUUUACAAGUGAUUGAUCUCCUUAACGAUCUCUACACGUGUUUCGAUUCAAUCAUCUCCCACUAUGAUGUCUAUAAAGUGGAGACCAUUGGUGAUGCUUACAUGGUUGUCAGUGGUUUGCCGAUAAGAAAUGGCGACAGACAUGCUGGGGAAAUCGCCUCGAUGGCAUUACAUCUGCUGAGUAAAAUAAAAAAGUUCGAAAUCAAACACCGCGUCGGUGAAGUGUUGCAACUGAGGAUUGGGAUACAUUCUGGUCAUUGCGUGGCUGGCGUGGUGGGUCUCAAGAUGCCCAGAUACUGUCUAUUCGGAGACACUGUUAAUACAGCAUCCAGAAUGGAGAGUACUGGUGAAGCAUUCCGAAUUCACAUAUCUCACGCCACUUAUAUGUUGUUGCAAAGACUUGGUGGUUAUAUUUGCGAGGAAAGAGGUCUCAUUCCUAUAAAAGGAAAGGGGGAGAUGUAUACCUAUUGGCUUAUAGGGGAAGAUUCUGCUCAAAGAAUGGCUAGAAUUCGUGAAGAAAUUGCUGGGUCCACUCUAUUUAAUAGUAUUAGUUCUGAAAGACUGAGUAAAACUCCCGAUCUGUUACGUAGACCAGGGGUGAAUCUAUUGGGAUCAGAACUGCAUUUCCCCAGUCCGUCUCAAUCCCCAUUUGCCAUCCAACACUUACAUAACAGAGCCAGACUUGCUCUGUCACUGCACCACAGCGAGGAAAUUAUCCCCCAAGAAAACCAACUCAUGUCUCAGAUGUGUUUGGGAAACUCAAGAGUUUUCAAUUCGAAUAAUCAGAGGAACCCCAGUUCGGCUCCAAUUAUUUCCUUCAUACAAAAAGAUCAGAUUUUGUAAUCUUACAGUAUUCUAUAUGGUACUGUGUUUCAAUGUAUUAAAAAUAUGGAUGUUAGAAAUAAUCCCAAACAGCCUUGAGUCGGAGCUUCAGGGAAUCCAAUGGAGGUCCAUAGAACGUUUCAAUGUGUUGUUUGGGAAUAGAACCUACAUCAAAAUGUAUAAGAAACGAAUAUAUAUACCCGUCCCAGAUAUUUAUCAGUGUCAAUUAUAAUAUUGAAGUAAAUGUUUUCAAAAAUUUAUAUUAAGUUUUAUUUAUCAAUAAAUAAUAUUUUAUACAAUGUAAAAAAUAGGUUUAAAAAAUAGUUAAAAUUUCAUUAAAACAUAUUUGAAUAUAAAUAAAAUCUAUCACAUAUUUUUGGAGGGUUUAAAGUUAUAUUUACACUGCGUUGGCAAUCGUGGAUAGUACCCCCCAUAACAGUCAAAAACCAUGUUUAUUUCAGUCGUACCCUUAGGUUUUAUAUUAGGUUUAACAAGUGCGUUUUCUAGAACCCUCAACGGGGCAUAUGCUAUGGGGCAUUUAACCGAUACAUCUAUACGAAGCCCUAAAUGUGGGACUCUAUACAACAUAUUCUCGCUUGAUGAGUUGGCAACCCUAAAAAAAUCCCCAUGGUUUCCAUUAUUAACCUGAACCACAUCUACAUCCUCAUGCUCAUCGUCCUCUUCGUCGUUAUCGUUAUGAACCGUUUGGAAUUUUUGAGUGUACG